UACCUCUGCCAACCGAGGCCGCCCUCCCUCAGGCCCCCACUUGGAGGAAGCAGACCCAAGUUCGAAUUCUGGCAUUGCCACUGAGCAGCCGUACAACUUUUGGGUGGACAAGUCCUUCACCCCUCGCCGGAGUGUAUGGAGGAGUGAUGGGCAGAACCAGCGCUUCCCUCAGGCACUAGACCUGUCACGAGUGAACUUAGUUCCCUCCUAUACUCCUUCACUCUACCCUAAGAACACAGAUCUAUUUGAGAUGAUUGAAAAGAUGCAGGGAAGCAGGAUGGAUGAACAACGCUGCUCCUUCCCGCCGCCCCUCAAAACAGAGGAGGACUACAUUCCCUACCCGAGCGUGCACGAGGUCUUGGGGCGAGAAGGACCCUUCCCCCUCAUCCUGCUGCCCCAGUUUGGGGGCUACUGGAUUGAGGGCACCAACCACGAAAUCACCAGCAUCCCCGAGACAGAGCCGCUGCAGUCGCCCACGACCAAGGUGAAGCUCGAGUGCAACCCCACGGCCCGCAUCUACCGGAAGCACUUUCUCGGCAAGGAGCAUUUCAAUUACUACUCACUGGACACUGCCCUCGGCCACCUUGUCUUCUCACUCAAGUACGAUGUCAUCGGGGACCAAGAGCACCUGCGGCUGCUGCUCAGGACCAAGUGCCGGACAUACCAUGAUGUCAUCCCCAUCUCCUGCCUCACCGAGUUCCCUAAUGUCGUCCAGAUGGCAAAGCUGGUGUGUGAAGACGUCAACGUGGAUCGGUUCUAUCCUGUGCUCUACCCCAAGGCUUCCCGGCUCAUUGUCACCUUUGACGAGCAUGUCAUCAGCAAUAACUUCAAGUUUGGCGUCAUUUAUCAGAAGCUCGGGCAGACCUCCGAGGAAGAACUCUUCAGCACCAAUGAGGAAAGUCCCGCCUUCGUGGAGUUCCUUGAGUUUCUUGGCCAGAAGGUCAAACUGCAGGACUUUAAGGGGUUCCGAGGAGGCCUGGACGUGACCCACGGGCAGACGGGGACCGAAUCUGUGUACUGCAACUUCCGCAACAAGGAGAUCAUGUUUCACGUGUCCACCAAGCUGCCCUACACAGAAGGGGACGCCCAGCAGUUGCAGCGGAAGCGGCACAUCGGGAACGACAUCGUGGCUGUGGUCUUCCAGGAUGAGAACACUCCUUUUGUGCCCGACAUGAUCGCAUCCAACUUCCUGCAUGCCUACGUAGUGGUGCAGGCUGAGGGCGGGGGCCCUGAUGGCCCCCUCUACAAGGUCUCUGUCACUGCAAGAGAUGAUGUGCCCUUCUUCGGACCCCCCCUCCCGGACCCCGCCGUGUUCAGAAAGGGGCCUGAGUUCCAGGAAUUUUUGCUGACAAAGCUGAUCAAUGCUGAAUAUGCCUGCUACAAGGCAGAGAAGUUUGCCAAACUGGAGGAGCGGACGCGCGCCGCCCUCCUGGAGACACUCUAUGAGGAACUGCACAUCCACAGCCAGUCCAUGAUGGGCUUGGGCGGCGACGAGGACAAGAUGGAGAAUGGCAGUGGGGGCGGCGGCUUCUUUGAGUCUUUCAAGAGGGUCAUCCGGAGCCGCAGCCAGUCCAUGGAUGCCAUGGGGCUGAGCAACAAGAAGCCCAACACUGUGUCCACCAGCCACAGCGGGAGCUUCGCGCCCAACAACCCCGACCUGGCCAAGGCAGCUGGAAUAUCAUUGCUUAUUCCUGGGAAAAGUGCGAGUAGAUUCGGACGCCGGGGCAGUGCCAUAGGCAUAGGAACCGUGGAAGAGUCACUGAUUGUCCCUGGGAAGAGCCCCACGAGGAAGAAGUCGGGCCCGUUCGGCUCCCGCCGCAGCAGCGCCAUUGGCAUCGAGAACAUACAGGAGGUGCAGGAGAAGAGGGAGAGCCCUCCGGCUGGUCAGAAGACCCCAGACAGCGGGCACGUCUCACAGGAGCCCAAGUCGGAGAACUCAUCCACUCAGAGCUCCCCAGAGAUGCCCACGACCAAGAACAGAGCGGAGACCGCCGCGCAGAGAGCAGAGGCGCUCAAGGACUUCUCCCGAUCCUCAUCCAGUGCCAGCAGCUUCGCCAGCGUGGUGGAGGAGACGGAGGGUGUGGACGGAGAGGACACAGGCCUGGAGAGCGUGUCAUCCUCAGGAACACCUCACAAGCGGGACUCCUUCAUCUAUAGCACGUGGCUGGAGGACAGUGUCAGCACCACUAGUGGGGGCAGCUCCCCAGACGCCGGCAAGUUGGGGGACCCUGCAUGUCCCGAGAUCAAGAUCCAGCUGGAAGCAUCUGAGCAGCACAUGCCCCAGCUGGGCUGUUAGCCGGGCCACCCCCUCUGAAGGUGAAGCUGAGCAGAUGAGGCCACAGAAGCACAAGGGGAAGGUGCCGUGUCAAGCCCAGGCAGACGGGACCUCUGCCCUGAAGACCAACACCAGCCUGUGGGCUGCCCCCUGCCUCCCCACCCUCCCUGUGGUCCACCCAUCUGGGCUAUCUCUGCAGGGCAGAGCCGUCCAGACCUGGGAUCGGGGAAGCUGCUGGCAUCGUCCCCACCCCCAGCCUGGGGGUCCGGGCUGGGGCGGGGAUUGCUCAGUGGAAGCAGGACUGGGGGCCUGGCUUGGGCCCACCCAGGGCCUCCAUCACCCCUGAGCAUCCCUCUGGACUCAGAGGGAACAAGGUGGGAGAGAGGGAUUGAGACAGUUCCGUGCGGAGAGCUUACCCCCUGGAGGCAGCACGAGGUGGAUGUGAUGUGUCGGGGAGUGAACACUGGGAUGGGAGCUGGAUCCUGGUUUCCGAUUUGGGUUCUGCUGUGUGACUCUGGGCAAGUCACUCUCCCUCUCUGGGCGCUUCUGCUACAAAUGGACAAGAUUAUUUCAGAGGUCACUGAAGACUGUGAUUAUAUGCACCUGCCCUAGAAGGUGGGAUUUUCUUCCCAGGGACCUCCUGUCACCCUACCCUGCUUCUUGAGGUCCCUGGAACCCCAGGUGGGCUGAGGGGCAGGGAGCUGGCUGUGCCCAGUGUGCCUCCUGGACCCUCCAGUUCUGCCACAGGUCUGCCAAUGCCCUGUCCACUGCCUACAUGUGACAGACAAGUGACCCCCUCAUGGGGGAUGGGGACCUACCUGACUCCUCAGCCAGCACCCAGCUUAACCCCUGCCAUCCCAUGCUGGGCCCUCCAGGCCAAGAGUCUCAGCUGGCCGAGAGUCCAGGCCUUGCCUCCCUCGACCGCCAUGGAGGGGGCAGCCAGGCACAGUUGCUGGGAGCCCUUGUGUGUCUGGUCACACUUUUUAGGCGCCAAGCCAAAGGCCAGCCUCCCAGCCCCAACACCCAUUUUGGAAGCCCCUGUGGCCGUGUGGAUGUCGGUAACAGUUGUAUAAAAUAAAUUCUAUUUAUCGCUAUUGUA